AUGACAGUUCCUAACCUAACCUAACCUCAACUGACUGAAAUUGUCAAAGGUUUUAAAUGUAAAUCGUAAAUCUAACUUAAAUUUUGUUUCUUCAGAUUUAUAUAAAUACUAUAUGUCGUUUUAUUUACGAUGGAGGAAGAUUUCAUACAGUUACAAAGUUAUAUCAAGCAGGAAAAUUUCAAAGAUGCCGAAACUUCGUUAAGAUGCAUGCAAAAUAUAUCUGAAAAGGAUUAUCAUGAAACCGCGAUUGAUGAAUAUUUAUUAAACGCGUUUGAUGAAACUAAUGGUUUACUCAUCUUUAUUUUGAAAAUAAAAGAUCAAAAAAAUGCUUCAAAUGCAAUUGCUGAAGCAUUGGAAGUUUUACAUUUACUUGUGAAAGAACUUACUAGAAAAGUACAUAGAUAUGUACCCGACAUACGUCAAGUAUGUCUUAAAGUUGUUUUAACCGAUAAACCUAGUGCUAAAGCAAAAGAAAGAGCUUUGGAAUUGUUGGCAUUAAUUUUAGAGAAAACCGACAAUUUUUCUGAUGAUCAACAAAUUAAAGAGUUAUAUGAAACAUUAUAUUAUUGUUUUACAAGUAAUUUAAAGGAUAAAAAAAUGGGAGUUCUAGCUUUAGUAAUAAAAACUUUGUACACAUUAAUCUCAAACUAUUUCACCCGCUUAAAUUCUUGCGAUAUGUUGUGUAAAGAAAUAUUUAAUUGGGUAACAUAUAAUUGUGCAAGAAAUGAUAGCAUUGCUGUAAUCGAACAAAGUUUUCGCUUUUUCGAUCAUUAUCUUUUCUUGAAUAAUGAUGAUAAUUAUUCCAACAAAAUAUAUGAUUGUAUUAUACGGCGAUUAAGAUCUUCAUCUUCAUUUAAAAAUUCGCAUAUUGCUGCCUUGGAAAUUUUACAACAUCAUUCAUCAUAUUUAUACCGAGAAAAUAUUUUUGAUGCAAAGUAUACAUUAGAAAUUUUACUAUUAGAUUGUUUGGAACAAUCUGGUGAAAUUCAAAAAACAGCUUAUUACACUCUAGAUGUUUUUUAUCAGACAUUGGGAGAUAUUUCAUCAACUAAAACUGAUUCACAGAUUUCAAAGUUCUACCUGGAUAAAUUCAUCACCGAUAUAAACAACGAAGAAAAACACGGUUACGAAUUACGACUAUCAAUACGUGGAUUCGGUUAUUUCGCAAAAUGCUUCAAAAUACAUCUAAAAGAAACCGUGAUAACCGAUUUUCUCAACGUAAUAUUAAAAAUCGAAAAAACAUAUUUGUUGGAUUUCGAUGAAAACUCAUCGCAAUUAAGUUAUCUUCCCGAUUACGUCCAAACAUUAUCAAAAAUUGUCGAACAACUCGACUCUUUAUCACGUCACGAUAUCAUGGUAUUACAAAGGAUAACAAUCCUUUUAAUUCGUCUUUCACCUUAUUUAUCGGCGCAUCAUCCCGAUUUUGUAGUUAGCCCAAUUUUAAUCGCGUUUAAUUUCGCGAGGAAAUUUUCGAAGAAUAUAUCGAGAGGGUUUUUACAAAAUGUGAUUUAUGAAGGGAUUAUUUUUUCUUGCUCUCAUCAAAUAGCUUACGAUUUAAACGAGGAGGAAAUUUCUUAUAAAGAUUAUAUAAAACUAUGGGUUAAUUUAGUGAGCAAUAAGAAGAUUCAGGGUGAAAAAAUUUUAGAGGAAAUAUUCGACGAGUUGAUUAUAACUUUGUUUUGUUUAUUAUCAAAAUUAAAUUUAAACAUUCAACAAGUUGAAUCGUACGAAGUGGAUAAUGUUGCUAAAAUUAGUUUUGAAGCUGUUAAUGUUCCCGAUUUUAAUAUUUUUGUAAACAUGGUUGAUUUAUACGUGGAAAUUCUAAAAGCGGCGCCGAAAAAUAAAUUUUCAAAAUGCGUAAAGAAAUAUUUCGAUUUUAUAAUAACCGAAUCGAAAAAAUCCCCUUUAAUUAGCGGCUUUUAUAAAUUAAUUGCAAUCGGAUUGGAAUUAUGUAAUAAUUUAAAUUAUUUUUCAAUCGAACGAUUACGCAGAAACGAUAUAAAAUGUUAUUAUGAUAUAAUUGAGGAUUUCAUGAACACGAUUAUAAUUAAAAUUGAAUCGUAUAAAGACGAUUUAAAAUUAUCGUGCUUAAAGGUUGUUUUAGCAGCACCGGAAGUGUACGUUAAACAAAAUUUGAAGCGGUUAUCUCCCGCGAUUAUUUCUUUAUUUAAUUCGUCAAGGAGUAAUUUAACUUUGGCUAUAUCUGGUGUUGAUACUUUGGAGUUAUGGAAUAAAUUCUUACCGGCGAAAGAAUACGACGAUUUUUUAACGGAAAUUGUACCAACUUUAGAUUCUUAUUUAAGAAGUAAACCGUUAAGCGAAAACGUUGAUACUAGCCAUAUUAAACAACGUAAAACUAAACAACCUUUGUAUCGGAGAAAAAUUACGAAAGUCUCAGAAGGUGAUUUAUUGCAACUUCAAAAAAAAAUUUUAUCGUUUUUAGGAAACGUAAAUGGAAACGUUUUGUUUUCAUUAACAGAAAACAAUAAUAAAAUCGAUGAAGAGAAACUUGGGGAUAACUUAAACAUUAAAAUCGAUUUAAAUUUCGAUACAACAAUUACAAUUUAUAUCGAAAAAUUUAUUCCUCGCGUUAUCGAUUUAGCUUUAAAUUGUAGCGAAAGAAAAUUGCAAAUAACAGCAUGCGAAACUUUGCAUGCUUUUGUGAUCGUUUUUCUUGGCACAUCUCGAGUUGAUGAUCAAAAAAAUCUCGAUGAUCAAUUUAAAAAAAUGUUUUAUCCUUUAUUACAAUUGGGUUGUUAUCUAGACGACACCGUUAAACAAAUAAUUAAACCAUUAGUUGAACAAUUAAUUCAUUGGUACUCAACACCCAACCAAAGAAAUUCCCCAAAACUUGCAAUUUUAAUCGAAUCACUUUUAGAUGCGAUUACGCAAAGAGACGACAUUUCUUUACGCGAUUUUUCGUGUCAUUGCAUCCACGAAUUAAUAAAAUAUAGCUUGAAAUAUUGUUCUGGUCGAUCAGAAGAUGAUUAUUCUAAUGUUAGGGUGAUUAUCCGCAAAAUCAAAAUGUUUUGUUAUCAUUCGAAUCCGUUAAAAAGAUUGGCAGGGUCUUUAAUUUUCAAUAAUAUUUACACGCUUUUGCGCGAAGAAAAUGUUAUCGUUGACACUUAUUGGUUGGAUUUGUUUCAAUCUUUAAUUUAUAAUUUAAGCCAAAUUGAUGAACACGAUGAAUACGAUUGUUUGUUAAAUACCAUAAAAAGUAUUGAUCACUUAGAGCGAGUAUUUAAAGAAAAAUCGGGGGUUUUCAAUAAAUCAUCGAGAAAUCGUAAACUUCCUAAUGGAUUUUUAGAUGAAACUUUAUCCUCCGUUGUUUCGGCUUCUUUAAAUUAUCGAAAUGCAAAAAAUAGAAAGGCUAAAAUGAGAAUUUAUGAAUUUUAUUAUAAUGUUUCGAAAUUUUUGCCUGAGGGAAAUAAUCAAAUUGUAUUCUCACCUUAUUUUGCUACAAAAUCGAUUAUUUGCGACUCGAAGGAUAAUAAUUUUUCGUUUGGGGAUGUAAUGAGCUUUUUAAAAAAACUUUUGAAUGUUUUAGAUACUGAAUUGUCGAUUUAUGAACACGAAAAAUCUAAACAUCUUUAUAAAAUCGAUCAAAAUUUCUUAAAACAACUAAAAUUUUACUUCGAAUCAAUUUAUCCAUACAAUUUAAGCACGAUUAACCCAAAAAAAUCGAACGUUACAGACCUGGAUAAUAUGGUAUUUAAAAGAUUGAAUCACGAGGUGUUGAAAUGCUCGAUGCAAUAUUUAAUAAUUUCAUCGUUUUAUGAAAACAACGAUUUAAUCGAGGAGUUUACGAAAAAUUAUGGGAUUAAAUUAUUGUCGGAGUUUAUUUUUAACGUUUAUAACGUUGAUUUUGGAGAGGAAGAGAUCGUGUGUUUAUUGAAAAAAGUCGUUAAAGAUGAUCAAAUUAAGUUGUUAACGAUGGAAAUAAACGAAUUUGUUUCUAAAUCUUAUUCAAACCUGGUUUCAAUGAAUGAAACGAUUAGGAAGAAAGAAAAGGAUUUUUUGAGGGGGUUAAAACUACUUUUAAAAAUCGAUUUUUUACCAUCGCUUCAAAUUGGGAAUUAUUUAAAAAACAUUUUACACAAGUCUAUUGAUAAUUUGAAAUAUAAAGAUUCAAUCAAGUUAAAUGUUGAUGCAAAAAAGUAUUUUCAAUCAAUUAUUGAGUUAGAUCCGGUAGGAAAUAUCGAAUAUUUAUUGAAAUGUUUGUGUGAAACUAAAGAAGUUUUAGAUGAAGAUAAAAAUGAGAUGAUUUCUUUUGGAUUAUAUUUUUAUGAUAAUUUUAAAGAUUGCUUACUCCCUAUUAUUUUGCCGUAUUUUCAAGUAUUUUUCGAUAUGAUUAAAUUUAACAGCAAUUAUCUUUAUUUUACAAAAGAAAUUAUUAAAUACGCUCUUAACAAAACAAUAAUUCCUAAUAUUCGUGGAAAAAUCGCAGAAAUAAUCCUUAAUAAUUGGAACAAUUAUUGUUUUAACUCAAUUCCCGACGGUUUACAAACUUUAGAAUUAAUAACCCAAUUAAUCAACGACGUCGAAAUCAAUUCAUCCAAUAAUUUUGUAACAAAUUGGAUCUUAUUAUCCUUCAAUUUAUUAGAUUCGGCAAUUUUACCACAGCGUUUAUACCAACACAUAGAAGAGAUCUUAAAUGUGUUACCUCUAAUCGUAAAAUAUAAACAAUUUGAAACGUUUAAAGAUAAAUUAGAGGGAAUUAAAAACGAUUAUUUUGUUGAUAUAAACGAAAUUGAUUCGGCCACUUUAGUUAUUAACAAAUCGUUUCAAAUUUCAAUCACAUCGAAGUUACAAGAACUUUUUAUGUUUUCUUGCGAAAUUUACGCAACGUCAAAUUUAAAAGAGAACAUCAACGUAGAAGAAUACAUCCAAUUUUUUAUGAUUUCCGUUUCAAAUGAAGUCCAAUCAAGAACUUUAAUUAAUAUCUUCAAGUAUUUUGUUACAAUAUCCGACUUUAACUCAUUAAAAUCGUUCGAUGUAAUCGCAUCAAAUUUAUUGCGGUACUCAACUUACGAUGUUUUUGAAAACUUUUAUGAUGAGUAUAUCAAAAAUAUUUUAGUUUUACUCGAAAAAGAUUAUAUUCAAAAAUCAAUCGGAUUUAUUUUAAUUAAAUGCUUAUUUUCGCGAAUUGGUAAAAAAGAUAAAUUAACUAAAGACUUAUUUGGAAUGUUUGCACUUUAUUUAAAAGAGCCCCCAGAAAAUGAAUCAUCAAGGAUAUCAAAAUGUCAUUGUUACAACGCUUUAAUAAGCGUCGUUACAAACGGGAUUAACUCCGAUUUAAAAGCCUCAUAUUACAACAAAUUGUUUUUCCGCGGUGAAAACGAAAAUAUCUUAUGGAAAAACUUAAUCGAUUUAAACAACAAAUACGUGUUCCCCAUCCUUUUUGAUAAACUCCCAGAAAAAACGACACGAUUAGUUAAUAUAAGAACAAAAGAAAUAAACCGAAAUAAUCGCUAUCUUGAAUCGCAAAGUUUAUAUAAUAGCACUUUACGCGAAGAUUUCCACAGAUAUGAUUUUACAAAGGUUAUUAUUAGAAGUCAAGAAUCGCAGGGAUCUCAUUUAAAUGAAAGCGAAGAAGUUGAAAUGAAAAUAAUAAUCGAAGGCGAUGAAAUUAGUAAUCACGAGUGUAUGCCGUAUAUUAGAGGGUUAAUAAAGCGAAUUCACGAAGAAAAAAUUUACGAAAAUCACUCAAACGAAAUUAAUAAAGAUUUAAAGAACCCAAAAACCCACGUUAACGUAAAAUUAUUUUUAUUAAAAAUAAUCGAAAGUGAGGAAGAAAUUUUUAAAGAUUUUUCACCGUUAUUAUCCCCAACGAUCAUUAAUUUAAUCGUUGAUACAACCGUAGGAAGCGAAAUUAAUUAUUUCAUUGGGGACUUAAUCAUAAUGUUAACAUCUUGGAAUAAUUUCGAUUUCCAAAAACAUUCAAACGAAAUCUCAAAUUUAGUGUUAUUUUUCAUGGAAAAUAUUAACCGGGAACGCAACGACGUUAAAAAGUAUCACUUAAAUUUAUUCAAACUUAUCGUUGAAACGUGGAGGAACCACAUUAAAGCCCCCACAGAUUUUAUUUUCGAUGAGUUACAAAAAUUAAUUAAAACCGAAUCGAAAAAGGUCGAAAUUAUCAUCCAUUUUUGCUCGAUUUUUUUGGCUAACGACAUCGAACCUUGGGGGAACGAGCUACAAAAAUUCGUUAAAAUCGUCCUUAAUUGUUUGCAAUCAACGCAAAAAUCAAUCCAAAAAACUUGCUCCCAAACGAUAGGAAUGGCGUUAAAAUUAACCGAAAAGAAUCAAAACCGCGAUUUUAAAAUAUUUAAAAAAAAGAUUAUCGAAAGAAUUAACGAAAAGUUCCCUUUUGAUAAUUAUUUAGGAUGUUUACAAGGCUUUUUAACAUCAUACCCAGAAAUUUGUGACCACCUUUUAAACAAAUUAAUUUUAGCAUUUAAUAGUCAGAAAGUAACCCUCGAAACGAAACGGGUAGCUUUAUUAGUAUUUUCAGAAAGAACCGAAGCUUUAAAUUCCAACCACAAUUUCGAAUUGCUGCAGAAUUUUGAGCAAUUCAUAAACGACUACGACGAUGGUUUAAAAUUAUUAGGAAUGAAAGUUAUUUUAAAAAGCAUCUCAAAAAUAAAUUUUGAUAAUAAUAAAAUCAAAUUUAAAUCCGCCCUAAAUAACCUCUCAAAAUUAAUAAACAACAACAAUAAAGAUUGUAGAAGUUCAAUGUACGACAUUUUCAUAGAAAUCAACGAAAUAAUUAACGAUGAUGACACCAACAAACUUUCCUUAGAUUGUCUAUUAAAAGGAUUAAACGAUCCCGAAGAAGAAAUCCAAAACAAACUCAUCGAAUUUUUCCUCAAAAAAUUACCAAACGAAAACGUCUCAAAGAAAUUCCUUCAAAUUUUAACAAAAAUGUAUAAACCCGAACUUGAAGAUCGCUUUUUAAGUUACUCAAUCGUAUUAUUAUUAAACAAUCUCGAUAUUUCAACGCUUCUUUUUAACACCCCCUUAAGAAACGCCGAUUUUUCCGAACGAACUAUAACCGAUAAUUGGCGAGGACGCCAUUCUUCGUUAGCCCCGUUAUUCGCGUCAACAUAUCGUAGUCAACAAUCACAAGAAAUUGGCAAAACUUCUAACGAAAGUUCGCGGGGAAGCUUUGAUUUAAAAGCUACGUUGAUGGAUUUGGAAUUUGAGCCGACUUAUCAACCCGAUAAUGAAAAACGCGAAAUGAACGAAAAAGAUGAUGAUGACGAUUUAGAUGUUGAUUUUAAAGAUUUUAAAGUUCCUGCGGUUCCCGGUGCUAAGAAAAUGUGGAAACAAAGGUUUCAGAAGGAUUCUUCGAAAGUUGAGAGAGGGUUUGCUUUGGGACAAUUAAAUAAGAAGGAGAAAAUGGAGAAGAAACGAAUUGAUGAUUUGAAGCAACGUCAAGAAAAAGCUGUUAUUUACCGGAGAUAUAGAGAUGGUGAAAUUCCGGAUAUUGAAAUUUGUUUGGCGGAUUUAAUGGUUCCGUUAAAGAAAUUAAUUCAGCAUGAUUACCACAUAGCAGAAAUUUUUUAUACAUCGUUCUUUAAGGAUAUUUUAAAGCAAAAUAAUGAAGAUCAAAACUUCAUUUUAGAAAUAACAAGUACAAUCAACGAAAUAUUUAAAUCCUCAAUCACGUAUAACUCCUAUUUUAUGAGUUCACUAUUAAACGUUAUUCUUAAAAUCCCGGGAAGUUCGUUUUCACCCGAAACGAUUACAACAGUUGCUUCAAAUUCCGGUCUCAUCUCAUCUGGUAUCCUCAUUUUAGAAGAAUAUUUAAUCUCGCAACACAACGUCGAAAUUCCAUCGAAACGAAAACCUUCCUCAAACGCUAAACUAAAAAUCUGGGUUAAUCUAGCGAACCUUUACAGAGAAAUCAAAGAAUGGGAUACUGUAAAAGCUAUAUUCGUACAAAAAAUGGAAUGCGAAAACGACGUUUUAAAAGCAAUCGAUUAUGAAUCAAAAGGAGAAUGGCGAGAAGCCGAACAAUUAUACAACAAAGUGUUACAAAAUGAUCCUUGUUCACAAAGAAGAGAUUUUUAUUAUGAAUCAUUUUUCAAAUGUUACGCUGAAAUGUCGAAAUGGGAGGAAAUGACCGUGGCAAUCCAAAACGUAACUUCCAACAAUGUUUGGGAAGAUUUAUGGGACAACGAUUUUAACCAACGUAAACUUUUACCUUGGUAUAUUUCAGCCGAGUUAAGAAACGGUUUACAAAAUCCCGAAAUACAAAAAGAGUUUCUUAAAAACUUGAAUAAUUCCAUGAGCACUGAAAAAGCGAUUUAUUUAAAACAACAUUUCUCUGAAGAAUUAGGUUUUGCCCAUUUAAUCAAUCAAAACUACCAUAAAGCUUUGUAUUAUAUUAAAUAUAACCUUGAAAAAUUUUUGGAUGAUUGGCGAAAUACGAGUCCUAUGUUGGUUACAUUGCGGUCUAAUAUGAUGAUAAAAAUUGUUAAUUCAAUCGAUUUAUUUAAUUUUAUUAAUAAAAUUAAUAACAACGUGAUUGAGAAUGAAAUUGGAGAAGAAUGGAGAAAAUUUUAUCAAAUUAACUCGAUUUCUAUUGUCCCAAUUGAAUCGAGAUAUCUUUAUCGAACGAAAUGCUUAAAUUUGAUUGAAGAUCAAUCGAUUAUUGAUACGAUUAAAUUCGAUCUUGAUGUGAAUUUAAUAGAAAACGCGGUUAACAUGAAAAAUUUUUACGUUGCAAGUAAAUAUUUCUCAAAAAUUCCAGAAAAUAUAACGAAUAUUAAGCUGAAAUUAGCGUACGCUAAAAUGUUAAUGCUUAAAAGUCAUUUUCUUCCAAUUCAGAGGAUUUAUCGAUAUUUUGAGGAAUCUUAUCGUGUUAUUAAUAACAUAGACACCGAGAACAUCGAUUUUGAUUUAAAAUUAUCAACUUUUCGUGCUUUAUACGACAUUUUAUUUGAUUUUGCGAAAAAUUCCAAUCAAUUUGAGUUAGAAUUAAAGCAAUUAAUCCCCGAUUUAAUUGAUUAUUCCGAAAAAACAAUCAAAGAAUAUGGAGUCAACAAAUUAAGAAAUAUUUUAAGCGGACUCGAUUUAGACGAUUACAACAAAACAACUUUAAACCUACAAUUAAUCGGGGAUUCUUACGUUAAAUUGGCGAUUUUCUAUAAAUCUUAUGAUGAUAACGAAAAUUAUAUCACCUCAGUUUUACGAUCGAUGUAUUUUGAAUCGAAAGAAGGGCGACAAAUGUUCCCUUGCUUAUUAGAUAUUAAAAAUGUUGAGGAAUAUAAAGAAACGUUUUUAAAACAAUCAGAAAAUAUCCCAAUUUGGUUAUUUAUACAAUGGAUACCACAAUUAUUAUCGAAAAUCGAUUCAAAUUGCAUUUUUGUUAUCGAUAAAAUCAUUUUAAAAAUCGCCAAAUCUUAUCCUCAAUCAAUAAUGUAUCCGUACAAAUUAAGCAAAGAAAAAGUUGAUUUAAAUGUUAAUUAUAACCAAAAUUUGAAAUUAUUAUUAAGUGAAUUGGAUGAUUUAUUAUUGGAUAAAAACGCUGAUGAUUUAAUUGAGGCACUUUCAAGCGUUGUUUCGCCGAAAAGUAUUAUUACUUCGUGUAUAACAGAUUUGUUACAUUCUUGUUAUUUAAGCGACCAAAAUUUGUUUAAUUCGCACCUCAACAAUUUAAAAACACGUUGUAUAAAAACCGAUGAUCCUUUAAGCAAAAUAGGAUCAGUUCAAAAACAAAUAAUCGAAUUAAGUAAAGAUUUAAUUAAAUUAGAAAGGGAUAAAUUUAACCCUGCAAAAAUAAUUGAAAAAUUGCAAUCAUUAAAAUCCAAUAUUAAUAAUGUCAAAGAAAAAAUACAUUCGAGAACAUUAUCUUAUUUUUCGCCAUAUUUAUCGUUUUUUAUGGAUAAUCAAGAAGAUGUUGAGUUAGAAAUCCCCGGACAAUAUAAAGGUGAUCGACCUUUUCCGCAGUAUCACGUAAAAAUCGCCGGAUUUAGCCCGGAAAUUUUAAUAAUGGAAUCGAAAAGAACACCGAUUCGAAUAAAAAUUAUCGGAAAUGAUGGUAAAGAAUACCCAUUUCUUAUUAAAGUCGGCGAAGAUCUUCGCCAAGAUCAACGAAUUGAACAAAUGUUUACGUUGAUGAAUGAAGUUUUUAAUAGUAACGCAACAUGUCGUGAAAGACGAUUAAAAAUAUCAACUUAUCAAGUAAUUCCUUUAACUAAAAGUUUAGGACUAAUAGAAUGGGUUGAAAAUACGAUUCCUUUAAGAAAAUUUUUAAUUAAUAAUCAAAAAUCUGUUAAUAAACAACUUGAUAAUAUAAAAACGUUACAUCAAAAUCGUUACUCGCUACCCAAAAAUUAUUCAAAAGCUUUGAUUAAACAUAAACCCGAGACUGUUAUAAAUUUAUAUCGCGAAUUAGUAAACAAAAUCCCAACAGAUAUAUUCCGAAAAGCUUUAUGGUCACUAAGCGUCGACUCAGAAAGUUUUAUAUCGAUUCGAACUACUUUUAUAACAAGCUAUAUCUCAACUUGCAUAGCAAAUUGGAUUUUAGGAAUUGGAGAUCGCCAUUUAGAAAACACACUUAUUUGUUUAAACACAGCAAGAACAAUCGACAUCGAUUUUGGGCACGCUUUCGGUGUUGGAGUUCAAAUUCAAUCAAUUCCAGAAUUAGUCCCAUUCAGAUUAACACCGCAUUUAGUUAGUUUAAUGCAACCGUUAGAAGAACACGGUUUAAUUGAACAAUCAAUGAUUCAUAUCUUAAGAGCUUUAAGAGAUAAGAAAAACUCUUUAAUUUCAACAGUUAAAGUUUUUAUUAAUGAACCAUCGAUGGAUUGGGUUCAAUAUAAAAAAUUUGAAGAUAUAUCAAAAGAUUCAAAUUUUUUUGGAUAUAAUUGGUGUGGGGAAGAAAAAAUUCGGCAUGUUGAAAUGAAAUUAAAUGGGGCUAAUUCCGUUGAAAUUAUGGUUGAGGAGUUGAAGAAACGAAAUGAUGAUGGAGUUAUUGAGAAAUACGUGGAAUAUGUAAGGGGGUAUGAGGGAAAUGUGCGUUCGGGUUUAAAUGGUUUGUUAAGUGUUGAGGAUCAAGUUAAAUCUUUGUUGGAUCAUGCAACGGAUCCUAAUCUUUUAUGUAGGAUGUAUUUAGGAUGGGAGCCGUGGGUUUAAUAUUAUUAAGUUUUGUUUUUGUUGAGUUUAAUAUAAAUAUGGUUAUAUACAUUUUUAUACGUACAAAAUAAAUAUUUCCAAACAUUCGUACUGUUUGCUCAUAAUCAUCAGUAUAUCGUCGCCGGGCGUGCAAUACCUCUAAUGUGAAUAAUUACAAAUUUUACAGGGGAACGAAAAAACUAUAUAAUUGAAGGAGAUUCGGAAAAAUAUCAUAAAAAAUUGUAUUGACGCUGAUUUAUAUACAUUUUGAAUGUAACAGAUCACACAAAAACAAUCGGAACACCUUUUUUCUCCAAAAAUUCGCUUAUGCAAGUCACAUUGGGGGUAUUGCUACAUUUUAAAAUAUCACAUUGUUGGUAUUUACCACUUUACGGUUUCAUUGUACCUAUUUUAGGAUUUAGAAAUAAUAUAUUUGUGCAAAACAAAUAAAAGCCCUGUCUACUCA